AUGAAGUGGACACUGGCUAUUCUGGGAGUUGUGGCGGUCACUGGGCUCGUCCAGGCACGGACAAUGACGAAGAGGCAGUCUGGAGGAGAACCGAAAUGGCCUGCAGAAUGGAUGGCAAUGUCCAGCUUGGUUGGCACGUGCCUUUCGGCAAAGAACUACUUCGAGGCCAUCGAUGAGACACCGGAGGGAUCUAUCCUCGUCAAGGCCUGUCCCCUGGCUAUUGGUUUGGUGUCAAAAUAUGCCGAGUACAAGUUCGAAAAGAAUGAUGCGGAGACGGCUGACAAAAUCGAGCAGGGAAUUCGUGACAUCUUCCCCCUGGUUCAGUGUGCCAACCUCGAGGCCACCCGUGAAUUCUACGAGUAUUCAGCUGAGAUGAAAAAGGAGGACCCUAAAAGUAAGUCCAAGGUCAUAUAUUAA